AUGACUACAAACCCACUCCACCUUUACCGUGCCCUGCUCAGGGAAUGCACCUAUCUUGCCCUCCCAAGAUGCCGCACGUUCAUGAAAAACUAUGUCCUUCAUUCCUUCCGUCGCUAUCUUCCCAAAUACAAACCAGCCGGCAGAACGAGAACAGGCCGCGAGAUAGGCUUUGGAAGAGAACUCCGCCUCCUGCAUUCUGGCCGAAAGUUCCUCUCGAUGCUUAGACGCGCCAAUGAAGGGCAUACAGGGCCAUUGGAAAGGGUUCUUCGCAUGACUUACGGCCGGAUGGGUCCACGACGAUAUUGGUUGCUCGAAAGUUUUGUGGCCUCCGAAUCGAGCUCCCCCGAAUUCUCCCCCUCUGACAGCAGACCCGUUGAAAAAUACUCAAAAGAAUGGGAACCGCCGUCUAGACUGAUGGCCCUGGUCAAGAGCCAAUCUGUCCAGCAAGCCCAAUUCGAGAACGGAGUCCCGAAGGUGAAGCCCCGCUUCAACCCGCCUGCCACCAAUAGAUGGGGCAAGCCCUUACCAAAGAGCCGGUACAAGAACCUGAAGCACAAAUGGUACAAUGAGAACCUGGAUGCUGUGCUCCCGCCGCUGCCAGAGACAGAGUACAACGAACUGCGCGACAUGGUGACGGGCAAAAGGGACAUGCCGGCCCUGAUCCCGCGCCGGGCCAAAGCGCAGACAUCUGAGGAGGGCAAAGAACAGGAGGAGCUCAUGAAGCAAUCCUCAUUGAUUCUCGACGGCCCCAAACCUGGGUUAAGAGGAAAGGAUUUCCGUGUUGACCAACCCCACAAAAUCACUCCUCGUCUGCUACGCCGACACCUGGCACGGGUCGUCCUGAAGAGGACUCCGCUGGUCAAAGCGGCCCUUCCCGACAAGAACAAGCAGGAUCUUGUAUUCUUCUGGCAUGACGGAACUUCGUACGAUAUCUUGCAGAAGGAGAAGGUGACUGUGCCCUUGACUCAAAGACAACUAGACCUGUUAUUUGGCUGA